AUGGAUCCUGCUUCUGUCUCACCCAGCAGCAGCUGCUCCAGUGCCUGGCUUCUUGUGCUGCUGGGGACACUGGGGACAGCUCUGCUUGGGGCAGCUCACAGACUGGGGCUGAUCUACCAGCUCUGGCAUAAGGCAGAGCCGAAGAGUACCCGGCACGGUGGGGAGCUUGUUGCAGAGGUCCUGAAGGCCCAUGGGGUGCGUUACUUGUUCACGCUGGUAGGAGGCCACAUCUCGCCCAUCCUGGUGGCCAGCGAGAAGCUGGGCAUCCGCGUGGUGGACACAAGACACGAGGCCACAGCUGUGUUUGCUGCCGAUGCAGUCGCCAGGCUCUCAGGGACAGUCGGAGUCGCCGCGGUAACAGCGGGACCUGGGGUAACCAACACAGUGACGGCUGUAAAGAAUGCCCAGAUGGCCGAAUCCCCGGUGCUGCUGAUUGGCGGGGCAGCUGCCACACUGCAGAAGGGCCGGGGUGCUCUCCAGGACAUUGACCAGCUGUGCCUCUUCAAGCCACUCUGCAAGUUCUGUGCGUCAGUGAGGACUGUGCGGGACAUCGUCCCCACACUGCGAAGGGCCAUCACGGCAGCACAGUCCGGCACCCCAGGCCCUGUGUUUGUGGAGUUCCCGAUCGAUGUGCUCUACCCAUACUACUUGGUGGAGAAGGAGCUGGGCUUCAAAGAGACCCCUAGAGGGCUGCUGGGUGGAGUCCUCAACUGGUACCUGGGCAACCACCUCAGAAACCUGUAUGCAGGGGCUUGGGAGACAAGGGACUUUUCCCCCCUUCCGGUGCAGGUGCCACAGGCCACAGCAGAGCAGGUGCAGCAGUGUGUGGAGCUGGUCAGCCGUGCCAAGAAGCCUGUCAUGCUCCUGGGCAGCCAGGUGACCCUGCCCCCGACGCCUGUGGAGAAGCUCAGGGAAGCCCUGGAGGCCCUCGGCAUCCCUUGCUUCCUGGGCGGGAUGGCCCGGGGCAUGCUGGGAAGGGACAGCCCACUACAUAUCCGCCAAAACCGCCGAGAGGUGCUGAAGGAGGCUGACCUGGUCAUUCUGGCAGGCACAGUGUGUGAUUUCCGUUUGUCCUAUGGCCGCGUGCUGAGCCGGCGCAGCACAGUCAUUGCCAUCAACCGGGACCGUGCCCUGAUGCUGCGCAAUUCGGACCUCUUCUGGAAGCCCCGCGUGGCCAUCCAAGGAGAUGCUGGCUCCUUCCUCCUGAGCCUUUCCCAAGGCCUCAAGAGUUACUCACCACCUCAGGACUGGGCAACAAGUCUGAAAGAUGGCGACCAAAGGAAGGAGAAAGCAAACCGAGAGAAGUCAGAAGAGCCCACGGAGCAGCACCUGAACCCACUCAAGCUCCUACACCAUGUGGACAACUUGCUGCCCGAGAACAGCCUGCUGGUGUUAGAUGGGGGCGACUUCGUGGGGAGCGCUGCCUACGUCGUGCGGCCCUGGGGGCCCCUGCGCUGGCUGGACCCGGGAGCUUUCGGGACACUGGGUGUCGGGGGAGGAUUUGCUCUCGGCGCCAAACUCUGCCGGCCGGAUUCUGAGGUCUGGAUCCUCUACGGAGACGGCUCCCUCGGCUACAGCAUCAUGGAGUUUGACACCUUCGUCCGUCACAAGACGCCCGUCAUCGCGCUGGUGGGGAACGACGCCUGCUGGAGUCAGAUCUCCCGUGAGCAGGUCCCCUUGCUGGGCAGCAACGUGGCCUGCGGCCUGGCCUAUGUGGAUUACCACCUGGUGGCGGAAGGCUUGGGAGGGAAAGGUUUCCUACUCAGCCGCCAGGACGAGGCCUGCAUGGACAACAUCGUCCAGGCGGCGCAGGAGGCCUGCAGGGAGGGACACCCCACCCUGAUCAACGCCCUGAUCGGCAGAACCAGCUUCCGGGAGGGCUCCAUCUCCGUGUAG